AUGGCUGCUCCAUCCGAAUCAUCUCUCAUUUCGAAGCUUCAGUCCUCCGAUUCCUCCGGCAUCCACGCCCUAGUCUCCGAUUACCUCCGUCCCCUAGCAGAUCUCAAAGCGACAAAGAAAUCCAAACCCGAACCAACCCUAAUUUGCUCCCUCGCCAAGCGCUUUCUCUCCUUCCUCAACGCCUCCCGGGGCUUUCCAAGUCCAACGACGCCGUUUUGCUACUCGAACUGCUCCGCGUUUACAGGCUCUGCCUCGAUUGCUUGGACACCGUCGCUUCUCAGUUGGCUUCCAAGCCAUUCUCCAUCGAAUUCCAGAGACUUCGCUUCAUGCACUGUCUCGAAGUUCUUGAGAGGCUUCGACAGCCGAAAGAGGAAGGGCAAGCUUCUCCAUGAAAUAGACAAGGGCGGCGGAGGCAGUAAAGACUUAUGUUCGUUGAUAGUUGACAUUGCCGUGAGCCUCGUGAGGUGUGCAUCCGCGGGUUUGGCUAAAGAAGAUGGCGAUUUCAAGAAGGUGCUUCAGUUGGUGGAGGAAGUAACCCCUUGGCUCAAAUUGACUAUCGGUUUCUAUUUUUCGUCAUCACCGCGCUCCUCAAAUUCGACAAAGAAGCACGAAUUUCAUUAUAAUUGCUGUAUUGACACUGGUGAUCAAAGGCUCGUGGUAUUUUCGACAGAUAAUCCUGACUUUGUUUGUUGGGAUAUGGGGAAUUCGCCUGGCGCUUUUCCUGUUAUUCAGGUGUGGACUGUGAGUUUACCGGUCACAUUGGUUAAUGCAAGCGACAAAAAUCCCUUUCUACAUGUUGUGGAUGUAAUAGGUUGGAUUUUGGUGAGUGGGGUUGAUCGGUUCAAGAGACCGUUUGCACAUCUUGAGGAGCAUUAUGGGAACAGUGAACGAAGCACUCCAUUGCAUUGCAGAGACAACAUGUCUCCUUACCUAGAGAGAGAGUUUGUGCUCCCAAGGAUGAAAGUAAACAACUGAACGAUAUUGAAAAUGUUCCAGGGUCUGAUGCGACAGGUGCUCAAAAUGGAACCUCCAGAUCAAACUACAGUGCGCGUAGCUUGUUAAAAAGUGCUAGUAUUAGUGCUUCCAAGUGUGUAGUUGUGAAACAAAAUAAAGAUCCAAAGCAAGAGGCAAUGAAGGAGAUAAAUGAUGAGACGAUGGAUGGAGUGACAUGUUGCUGCCCUCCAUGCUUGAUUUUGAUAUUGGUGUUGCUUCGUACCUUCUUCCAUGCUCUGAUUCUUUGAACAACGAGAGAGAGGUGGUGAUGGUGGUUUGAAACACUGUUUUAAGAAGGCCAAGCAAAAGCUGCUUAACUCUGCACUCGUUUGACACAUAAACCCACGCACGGCACUUGAAGUGUUGCUUCACCUGGGUGCUGUUGUAGACUUUCCGGGCAAGGGUGGUCUUCCCCAAUCCCCCAUGCCAAUGACCG